AUGGAGGAUUUUGGCCAGCCGUAUCGUCGGCGGUUCCAGUCCUCGGACAGCCGCGAUUUUCUUUGGGUGUACAGCGACAAUGCCAAGAAUUUCGUAGGAGCGAGCAACGUGCUGCAGGAGCUGAACGCAGCGUUUCACCACAGACUGUGGGAGGCAGCCGUCAAGUCAGCCAAGCAUCGACUGCUGAGAGGGGUCGGCCACGCCAAGCUAACUGCCGACGAAUGGAGCACCCACCUGGUCGAGGUAGAGGCGCUGCUCAAUUCUCGACCAAUCGCAUCGCCUGGCAACGAUCUCAACGAUGGAGAGGUGCUGACACCAGGACACCUGCUGAUCGGUCAGGCUCUUCUUUCGCUGCCACACGAGUCCGGCACAGGCGUAAUCUUCAGCAAGGCCGGAUGCGAGUACUUGAGGCGGUGGCGAAUGCUGUCCGCUCUCAAGCAGCUGUUUUGGGACAGUUGGUCCAAGGACUACCUCGUCAGCCUGUAG